UAUACCACUAAUACUAUGACUCACAUUUUCAUAGUAACUCCAGCCUAAAAAAAUCUAAACUGUGUCCAAACAAAAAAAAAAUUAAUAAUGGGUAGUUGUGAGGGUCAAGAAACACAUGUCCUAAUGGUUACACUAGCCUUUCAAGGCCACAUCAAUCCGAUGGUCAAACUCGCCAAACGGCUCUCAUCAUUAUCAAAGAACCUACACAUCACUCUCGCCACUAUGGAGCCAGCCCGUGACCGCCUCUCCUCCGCCGCCGCCGCAGACAAAUCGUCGGUGGACCUUGUGUUCUUCUCCGAUGGUCUGCCUAAAGACGAUCCAAGAGCCCUCGCCACGCUCCUGAAGUCACUCAAUGAAGUCGGAGCCAAGAACUUGUCUAAAAUCAUUGGAGAAAAGAGAUACUCUUGUAUCAUCUCUGGGCCUUUUACUCCAUGGGUUCCAGCUGUUGCGGCUGCUCAUGACAUCCCUUGUGCGAUCCUAUGGAUCCAAGCUUGUGGAGCUUACUCGGUUUAUUACCGUUACUACAUGAAGACGGACUCUUUCCCCGACCUUGAAGAUCUGAAUCAAACAGUGGAGUUACCAGCUUUACCAUCGCUGCAAGUUCGAGAUCUUCCAACGUGUAUCUUUCCUUCUGAUGGUGCUCACUUCAGUCAGCUAAUGGCUGAAUUCGCAGAUUGCUUGAGGUAUGUGAAAUGGGUUUUGGUUAAUUCCUUCUAUGAACUCGAAUCAGAGAUAAUCGAAUCGAUGUCGGAUUUGAAACCUGUAAUCCCAAUUGGUCCUCUUGUUUCUCCAUUUCUGUUGGGAGCUGAUGAGGACGAAACCCUAGAUGGCAAAAACCUAGAUUUGUGGAAAUCUGAUGGUUGUUGUAUGGAGUGGCUUGACAAGCAAGCUAGGUCGUCGGUUGUGUACAUAUCUUUCGGAAGCGUACUCGAAUCAUCGGAGAAUCAGGUCGAGACCAUAGCCAAGGCCCUGAAGAACAGAGAAGUUCGAUUUCUCUGGGUGAUAAGACCAAAGGAGAAAGCCCAAAACGUCCACGUUUUGCAGGAGAUGGUGAAAGAAGGACAAGGCGUCGUUAUUGAUUGGUGUCAACAAGAGAGGAUAUUGAGCCACGAUGCAAUCUCUUGCUUCGUCACGCAUUGUGGAUGGAACUCAACGAUCGAGACGGUAGUGACUGGUGUUCCGGUGGUGGCGUACCCGAGCUGGUCUGAUCAGCCCAUUGACGCGCGCUUGCUGGUUGAUGUGUUUGGAAUCGGAGUAAGGAUGAGGAAUGACGCUGUCGAUGGUGAGCUUAAGGUUGCAGAGGUGGAGAGAUGUAUUGAGGCCGUGACGGAGGGACCAGACGCGGCGGAUAUGAGGAGUAGAGCGGCAGAUCUGAAGCACGCCGCAAGAUUAGCCUUGGCACCUGGUGGAUCGUCGGCUCGGGAUUUAGAAUCGUUCAUUAGUGAUAUCACAAGCACCCCUGACUCUCUGCUUUGAAUCAAUUAGUACCAGUGAUAACCGGAUUUAAGGUAGAGAGGUAGAUAGUACUAGCUAUAGGCACCUCUUUGGCAAUAUAUAAAUGUAUGAUUACACUUAUAUAGUAUGUUUGAGACUUCCGGAAUAACCACUUUCAAGGAUAUAAACUAUAGAUGUGAAAAUCCACGGCGAGAAACUAAAAGAGGGUCGAGAGUUUGUCGAAGAUAGACGAGGCACACAAAAAUGUAAGUAAUGGCUUGAGAUUUGGAAAAGUGAAAACAGGCGUGAGUAUAAUGGCUUGGGGAAGAAGUUUUUACCCAUCUAGAGGGUUCACUACACCAGGGAAACAGUCCCCAAAGGCCAACCUGUUGACCGUGUGGCUAAUCUGUGUAGAGAUAUAAUGAAGUCAAGACCCAUUUGAAACAUGAGCAACUUUCUAAAAAAAAAGAAACUGAAACAAGAAUUCUCUUACAUUUUAGUUGCCUUGCUGGAACAAAUAACAUAUCAUGAAAUUGAAAACCGGAUUGACAUGAGCGAGAGUAAUUGAUGUCUUCUUUCUAGAGUAGAAGGCGGUGGUACUAUGGUUAAACACGACUUAUUAAA